AUGGAAGCUUCAGACGUCGACGAAUUACCCAGAAUCAAUAACGAUAAUAAUACGGAUCAAGUUGCAGCCAAGCUAUCCGCCUUGAAUUUAGGAAAUAAUAAGGAAAAUCAGCCAAUCGACAAAGUGUUACAGGCUAAAUUCAAUAAACUCAUUUCCAAAGGCAAAGAAUUAAUUAAAGAAUAUGAUUAUAAGACAGCAUUAAAAUUGUUCGAGAAAGCGAAUUCAAUCCAAAGUUCUGAUAAAUUGUACAGGAGAAUACAGAGAUUGAAGGAAGCAAUUGCAGAAGAUGACAACGAAAGUAAUGAUGCGGAUGAAGUAGCAACAUCCAUUGAUAUUGGUAACGGCUGUAUUCUAGAAAGAGAAUUGUAUAACCAUUUAUAUGAUUACCAGCGCGAUGGAGUUGCUUGGCUAUGGAGGAUUUACAAAGAUAAAGACGGCGGUAUCUUAGCUGAUGAUAUGGGGAAUCCACAGAUUAGGGUUGGUAAAUUUCAUGGUUCUAAUAAGCAAGCUCGCGAUAUCACCAAAAAUAACAUUCAAAACAGGGGUGGUAUAUUGCUAACUACAUACGGUUUGAUUGCCGCAUCUAAUUCGCUCAGCAAGGACAAAUAUGGGCAUGUUUUCGUUUGGGAUGUUAUUCUAUUGGAUGAAGGACAUAAAAUAAAAAAUUCUACUAAAACUAGUAAAAUGCUUCGUGAGAUUCGAUCGAGGCGUAGGAUCGUUCUUACAGGAACUCCCAUUCAAAAUAAUUUGAAGGAAUUGUGGUCGCUACUAGAUUACGUUUGUCAAGGCAAAUUAUUAGGCAGCCUUAAAACUUUUCAAAUGCAGUAUGAAGCUCCCAUCGUUCGCGGUCGUGAGAAAGAUGCAACUGACGAUGAGCGCCAUUUAGGUAACAGUAUGUCUGAAAGUUUGCAGAAAUUGAUUAAGCCCUAUAUACUUCGCCGGACGAAAGCAAUCAUGAAAGCAAGAGAAAAACAGCCUACGAAACCAGACCAUGCAUUCCAGGACUCGUGUUCUAAUCCUAGCCAGACUAUUUGGUAUACAUUUCUUAUAUUCGAUUGCUUAUAUGUUUUAAUGUCUUCGCAUUCUCCAUUAACCGAAUUAACAGUCUUAAAAAAGAUUUGUGACCAUCCACGUUUGCUAUCGUCUCAUGCCUGUUCGGAACUAGGGCUUGAAGAGGAUGAUGACGAUGAAGUGGUAGAGUACAAAGAUUUUGCUAGAAGCCUUCCCGCUAUUAGAGUACUUUUGGAGGAAGCAGGAAAAUUACAGCUUUUAGCAGAUUUAUUAGAAAAUUUUGAAAUAAAUGGUCAUCGGUGUUUAAUCUUUAGCCAGUCGCGUAAGAUGCUGAAUAUUAUUCAAAAAGUUGUAACAGAGAGAGGUUAUAAGAUGUUAAGAAUUGACGGUACAGUUACUAAACCUGGUAGAAGAAUGGAACUAGUGCAAGAAUUUCAAACUAAUUCUUCUUACCUAUGCUUUUUACUAACGACUCAGGUGGGAGGCGUAGGUCUAAAUCUAACUGCAGCAGACCGUGUGAUAAUCUUCGAUCCAAGCUGGAACCCAGCGACUGACGCCCAAGCCGUAGAUAGAUACUUUAGCAAGCAAGAACUGUAUGACAUGUUUGCACUAGAUUCUCCUCAUGUAUCAAAUACUCAAGUACAGUUAGAAAAGAUGCAUGCAUCAGAGAGAAAAACAGAUCCUGAUUUAGAAGCCCACAUAAAAUUUCUAAAAACUUUAGGCAUCUUUGGAAUAAGUGAUCAUGACCUAAUGUUUAGCAAGGAAGAAAAAACUCGGUCUAUGGUUGAUGAAAGUAGUCAAGAAUAUAUUAAAGCCAGGAUCCAGAAUGCUCAAAGAGCUAUUACGGCAGAAUCAGACAUGGUCAAAAAUACUGGUCUAGUGACUGCUUUAGGCAUCACUUCCUUUCCAUCUAUUGUACCGAAAUUUGGUCAGAGUGAAAAAAAAUCUCAACAGAAAUCUCGUACUGCUAAAGCUAGCAAGCAAAUGGAAUCUGUUAAGUUUUGCCUUCCAGAUUCUGAAUUAUUUGUUCCGUCCAAGUCGGAUAAAAAAAAUAACACCAUUCAACAUAUCCCGUCAGUUUCAAGAAUAUUAGAAAAAAAGAAUAUAACGAUUAAUAAAGUUAUUUCUUCCGAGACACAAUAUAAAUCUAAAAAGCUUGAUUUACAAGAUGUAGCAUCAACUAAUGUGCAUGAAACGAUAGAGGAAGACUAUUCCGAAGCUAUAACAAAAACGUUAUCGGAAAUUUCGUUAACUGAUAAUAAGAACAUAAAACAAAACAGUGAUGAUAAUGUUGUUGAAAAUGGUUUCAUAUUUGCAGAGUAUAAAGAAAUGCACAUGCAUAACCCAGUUGAAUCGGAAUCAGAAGAAAGUAUAGCAUUACUAGAAACUAACUGUGGUAAUGAAGAUGACAGCGUAAGUCCUUGUAACAAAAGUCAAAAAGAUUGUCGGAAAGAGGCAGCAACUGGAAGUAAUUUUAAUGAGAAACUCAGCUCUCCGUCCAAUUUUGAGGAUGUUACAAGAAAAACGAGCUUGAUUCCAAAGACUUUGCUUAACAAUGAACAGGAAAUACCCAUGAACCGAUCUCAUAAUACGAAGGUGUCUGUAAAUUCCUCCACAUUAUCAGUUGACAGCAAUUCCAGUGGCAACGAUAAAUCUUCCUCCAGCGAAUUCUUUGAUUGCGAAUGCAAUAGUCCUGAUUUAAAAGAAAGUGAGGUUUUAAACUACUCUAAAACUACUGCACAGAAAUCAAAUUCUUAUUAUAAUGAAAGAGAAAAUAAGUGGUUCACAUUGAGCGAAGCAUGCGAUAAUCUACAAUCAAACCAUGAAGACCUUGAAGCUCAGUUGCAGCUAUUGAAGGUUGCUAAUGAAGUCGGUUUAUCCAUACGCAAUGAUAAUGGAGGGAAUUCUAGAUAA